CCGUAUUAAGGUUGAUAACUGAAGAUAACAAUAUUGAUAGUUGGAAGCAUUGGGACGGCACCAAGCGUUAGGUAGCAAUGGCGAACCAAGAAGAAGAUAGCAAGCUGAAGCUGUAUUCGUAUUGGAGGAGCUCUUGUUCCUUCCGAGUCCGAAUCGCUCUCAACCUCAAAGGCCGGUAUUUUCUCUCUCUCUCACUCACACGCAACACUUUCUUUUUUCAUCUCUCUCAUACCGUGAUAAUUUGCAUUGCGUUGGAUUCAGGACUCAAAUACGAGUACAUAGCAGUCAAUCUGUUGAAGGGAGAACAAUCUCGUCCUGAGCUUCUCCAGCUUAAUCCUGUUGGUUUUGUUCCCGUUCUAGUGGAUGCCCAUGUCGUUCUUUCUGACUCUUUCGCCAUUAUUAUGUAUUUGGAGGACAAGUAUCCUCAGCAUCCUUUGCUCCCUCGUGAUAUUCAUAAAAGAGCAAUCAAUUUCCAGGCUGCUAGUAUUGUUUCCUCAACAAUACAACCACUUCAAAACCUGAGUUUACUGAACUACAUUGGGGAAAAAGUUAGCCCUGAUGAAAAACUUCCUUGGGCCCAAAGUGCAAUUAGAAGAGGCUUUACAGCACUCGAAAAGCUAUUGAAAGACCACAAAGGAAAAUAUGCAACUGGAGAUGAAGUUUUCCUGGCAGAUAUAUUUUUAGCCCCACAGUUACAUGCAGCAUUCAACAGAUUCAACAUUCAAAUGAACGAGUUCCCUAUUCUAUCAAGAUUGCAUGAGACAUAUUAUGAGAUCCCAGCAUUCCGGGAGGCUCUACCAGAGAACCAACCAGAUGCAGUACAUUAGUUGAACCAUAAUUUGGGACUGAAACGUGGCCUGAUAUUAAGUUCGAGAAAUUCCAGCAGGAGCUACUGAUUCAGCAUCUGGUUGAAUUUG